CAGGUAUUCAACAUGAUUGUUACUGAUAAGGAAAUAUCAAACCCCUCUGUCUCGGAAAUGCUAUCUAAAGACCAAGUCGUUGAACGGUGCCCCGGAAAGGUCUCGAUUAUAAUCAUCUAACAUACACUACUGUGAAUAGGAAGGUCUUCUUUAUCAAGUACAACAAUGUUAAAAUGGCCGAAGCCCAUGCUCAACUUUACCUUUCCACUCGCAUAAACGCAAAUUCCCAGUCAACCAUCUGCAUCCCGGAACUCUACCUUGCCUGGCUCCCAGACCAUAGCUCAAGCGCUUACCUUGUAAUGGAAUACAUCGAUAUCCAUCACUUUGCGUCCGACGAAGAGCGGGCAAGGGCGCUGUCCGAGCUAAUCGCCGUGAAGACGCCGCCGGGAGUGGUCAGGAUUAUGGUACAGUUGGUUUCAGCGAUGAGCCAUAAUUAUGUUACUACAGUAAUAUUUACCGAGAGAACUUCCCCAUUGACCAGUCUGGGAAUCUCUGGGUCGUUGGCUUUGAUACCACGGGUGUGCUUCCAGCAAGCUUUGCGAGUUGGCCUUUGGAUACUAAGUAUAAACACCCUCUACCCGUUCCUAUUCGGAGGACUAUCCCACUCGGCACCUCGAAGAAUCUGAAGCCUAUGUUUCGAGCUUAUCGGUUUAACCAGAUAUCUAUCGGGCAAGCCAGCAUAUCUGCAUCUUAUGGAAGGUAUAUACUCACUCUCUUUAUCUCCAGUGAGGUAUAAGUUGAUGGAAGGGCGGCUUAGGAUAGGCGCCUACUGAUACCCAGGAUAUCAGU